UUUGACUGGGGUGACUAUAGGGGUCUCCCACUUAGCAUGGUCAACUGGCACUAGAAUUCCCUGGUUUACUAGCUUGUCCAGUUCCCGGUCAAUCCUGGGCUUUAGGGCGAACGGGACCCUCCUAGCCUUUAAACGAAUAGGGGCAACUUGUGGGUCUAAGUUAAAAGAAAUAGGGGUCCCCGUGUACUUGCCCAGGCAGUCUCUGAAAACGUCCCCAAAUUCCUUCAUGAGUGCGUCUUUGAGGCUGACUUCGUUUCUGAAGAUUCCAGUCACUCCCAUGCCCAAUGCUCGGAACCAGUCCAGUCCCAACAAGCUUGGCAGGGUCCCCUCGACUAUGGUGAUGGGCAGAGUUUUCUUGUAUUGUCCAUACUCGACGUGGACGGACGUUACCCCUCGAACAGGGAUGCGAUUCCCUUGAUAGUCUUGUACCUUUAAUUUCAGUGGUUUCAGCUUGCGCUUUGCGAUGGCGGGUAAGGCUUUCACGAGAGUGUCCUAGGACAUGAUCGUGAUCGCUGAGCCGGUGUCCACCUCCAAUCGGCACGGCACCCCCUCAAUCUUUGUUUUCGUAAAGAUUUUUUUCUCUAGGCGUGUUGCUGCGUGACCCACUCUCACAACAGUCUGAUUCAACUUUGUGCCUUUUUUGAAUUGACCAAUCACGGGCCGCUUCACCGUUCCCGCGCUCUGAUUGGUCGGUUUGAAUUUUUGGCGGGAAGGUUGGGGUGCUAGACAGACCUGUGCUAUGUGCCCCUUCCUUUCGCACCGCCGACAAGUCGCAUCCUUAAAUUUGCAUUGUUGUCGUUGGUGUUGCCCUCCACAACUCGCGCAGUCACCCCGGUCUUCUUUCUCCGGCCUCCCGGUGUGGAAGACUCCUUCCUCCUCCUCACCGUCCGACUCGGCCUGGACCUCUUCAUUGUGGACCGGGGUUGAUUUCGCACCAGCUGUUGGUGCGACCUGCUUUUGUAGGGUUUCCGCCGCUUGGGUAGACAUCUCAUGAGCCCUGGCUUCAUCCAAAGCGUUUGCCAGCGUUAAGUUGCUUUUGGACAGAAGCCGCCGUCGCAAACGGAUGUCCCUGACCCCGCGGAUGAGUUGCUCCAGCAAUGCCUCGUCCAAGUCUCGGUACUCGCAAUGGUUCGUGGCUUUCCUCAGGGCUGCCAUGUAUACGCUGAUGGACUCACCCUCUUGCUGCCUACGCUCUCUGAAUUCGUACCGUUGCACAUACUUGGACGGCGUUGGUGCAUAAUGGGCUUUCAAUACGUUCUGUAGAGUCUGCCACGGCACCGAUUGUACCGGCGUUGGCUCCACCAACGAUUCUGCGGUGUCGAAAACCUCUGGACCGCAGUGGCUCAGGAAAUACGCUCACUUCCUGUUGUCUGAGACUCCUUGAAGUUCGUUCGCCUCGAGGAAACACUCGAAACGAGCCAUGUAUGACCCCCAUUUCUCCUUAGCUGGGUCGAAUGGCGCUGGCGGUGUGUAGCUGGACAUCGCUGCUUUCCGCCCCUUGUUUGCUGGGUUCGCGUCUUCCUGGUGAAUUCAGCUUUUUUCCUUGGCGCUCCUAGCCUCGAGAUCCCACCCUCGUCGCCAGUGUUUGAUUCGGGCAAUAACGAGGCAGGAGACCAGGAUAGUGACAACAGCUCUUUACCCUAUGGUGAACCCAGCAACCCGGGCUGGGAAAACCCUCUCUUUAUAUACAGUUUAGCCGGAGGCUUCAUCCAAUCAGCAACGUGCUUUUUUCCCGCCAAAACUCUUAAAGAUACAUUACAGUAAGGAUGGCAGAUGGCUCCUCUGUGCAUGUUCAACACUGUAGUCUCUGUAAGGGUUUCUAUUGCUGGCAGAAUGAAGGGCUACUUCCCAUGUGUUUGAAACAGGACACCUGCUCAAUUGUAUUUGUCUCCAUUAUUUUCUUGUAAAUAAUGCAAAGAAAAAUCAAAUUGUUUGUUACUUAAUUAUUUAAAACAUUUAUACAGCCACCCAUCUUAUAUCAAGCUUUGGGUGGCUUUGUUGUGUCUUGCCCGCCCUCAGAGCAGCCGGGGCCUUCUUACCUGCUUCCGAACACUGAGGAAUGUAUGCCUCCCAGCCCAAGUCCUGGCUCCAUGCCCACACAAACUGCAGAAGAAGGAGCAUCUCCCGGCCCCAGCCCUGACUCCAUGCCCAGGCAAACGGAGCAGCUAGACCCCUCCCCCUCCUCCACAGCAUGUGAGCCUGAGGAGGGUUUAUUCCCAACAGCUGCUGAUUGGUGUGACCCUCGCAUCAGAAGGCUGGAUAGGCGGAGGCAACAGAAGGAAGGGAGGGGCAGUCCUUAAUGAGUGCUGAGUCAUGGAGCCACACCCCAUGGCCUAUAUAAAGGAUCUGCUUUCUGGCAGUCUCUGAAUCAGGCAAAAGUCGAACUUAUCUUGCUGAAGUCACUUACUGGUCUCCUGCCUGCUCUGAGGACUUUGCUAGGACUUUGGGCAGAGCUGCAGAGGCAAGCCUGAUUCGGAUUUCCCUGACCCGGCCGUCAGCGGAGGAGUGGGACACGACAGGCUUAUUUUUCCAAAAAGUAUUACUGUAAAGAGAAUAAACUAGACAACAACUAAUAUUUUAGAUUGUUUUUCUAGUACACAUAAGCCUAUAGAUAGUUCUUGAACAGACUGAUCAAUUUAUAACGAUUUUUAUUUUCUUCCUCUAAAUUCCAGCUGUGUGUAGAGAUGGCAUUCAUUGCUUUCAGAGAAAGUGAAAUCCCAUCUCUGACUACAAUUAGUGAGAUUGUUGGUGGGGAGGGGCAAUACAAGUUGACUUUGUAUAUAAUAUACAAAUAGAUGAGACUAUUGCCUUACACAAUGUAAGCCGCCCUGAGUCUUUGGAGAAGGGCGGGAUAUAAAUUCAAAUAAAAUAAAAUAAAAAUUAAAUAUAUUCUUUUUCAGACCACUUUCAUGCAAAUAAUGAAAAUUUCAAUUCUCAUAUAGUUUGAGAGUUGCAUUAAUAGCCUAGGCUGAUCCCUACAAUUAGGGAUGUACCAGAAAGUGUCUGUGAUGCCAAAAAUGACAAAAUGCACAAUAUAAUAUCAUACCACAAGUUUUGCCCUUUCUAUGCUUGUGUCAUCACAUUGUACGUAAAUAGACAGGGAACUUCCAUUGUUAUGUUGUGAUGCCAGUUUUGUCGUUUGCUCCUCUUGGCCCUGUCGUGUGGACCCUCAUGUUUAGGGUUCAUUUUAUCUUCAUUUUGAUGGAACAAGACAACUCAGAAGUCUUUUAGCUGGGAAUCAGUUAUGGAAAUCAUAACCCAAUAAAUAUGGAGAGGAAUAAAUUAGAAAAAGUUGAUGCAUAUUACUAUUGACAAGAACUCAAAGUAAGGUUAUCAACCCUACAAUAUAAACAACAAUCUUUUCAUUUCAAGUUUUUAGCAUAUUCCUUUCAUGCAAUUUUGCUUAUAAUAAUUUCUUCAUGAUGUUUGUUUUUUUCAGACUGAAUCGUUUACGACUUGUAAGAUUUAAUCUAUACAGAUCUGGUAUUUACCUACAAAUUAUAUAUUAAGGGCUAUGUAUAAUUUUAUUUUUGAUUAAAAGAUCAUUGAAAAUUGGGCAAAGUUUUUCCUUCAAGAAAUUAUCUUCUGCACAUACAACCUUUUUAUAAGCCAACUCGGGGCCUCAGGAAUUACUAAAAAUGUCAUUUCUCUUGACUAAAUAAAUAUUUGAGGACAUCGGUUUUGUAAUAAACCAACUGUUCUCACUUGCUAUCAUAGGAAUUGGAAAGUAAAGUUGUUUGCUUUCUAUCUACUUGAUAAGUAGUCUGGGGUCUUUUUAAUAGAAAUAAGUUAUAUAAAGACUUCAAAAAUUUUAACGUGUGGAAUAAUAACUUCCCUAGGUUAUCAUUCUGACUGAGAGAUUGAUGAAGCUUAAGGCUGCUUUGUGGAUUAUAAACCACUGUAAUAUUUAUAUAUGUUGCUUUAAUCAUGAGCACUGUUGGCAAGAUGCCAGCCUCAAUAUGUUUAAAGAUUAAGAUUUGUGAGCCUUCAUUUCUAAAAUCCCCUAUCAUUAAGGUUGGUAAAUAGCUACUAAAAGUGGAUGAUCUUUUUUUUUUUUUUGUAUUCCAUAUGUUUUUUUUGGUAUUCCACUUAUUCCUGGCCAUGCUAAUGAGGGCUGCUUAGACUCUUACCUUUCAUUUAUAGGAGGUAGGUGCCAGGUUCAGUCUCCCUCCUUUUCAAUGGCCCUAUCCAUCAGCUUAAAGUAGAAAAAAGUGACUCAUUGGCAGAAUACUUGCUUUGCAAGGAAAAAUUCCCAGUGCAAUUCCAGUCAUUUCCUAGUAGAGCUAGAAAACUUCCUAUUGGAAGCUUGUAGGAGCCACUGCCAUUCAAUUGGGCAGAUUCAUACUCUCUGCCAAGAUAUAAUGGAGAUGGUUUGCUUAUGCUUAAUGUAUUGUCUGAAUCCAGUAUUUGUGGUUUCGUAAAUGUGGUAAAGCGAAUGUAAUGUGUGGACCCUGCCAACAGCCAGCAAAGGCUGGCAUGCAGACACAAAAAGGCAACCACAAGAAUAUUUGGGUCACCAGGCAUAUUAACCUAAGUAUCAUAUUGAUGGUAUCUAAUCCAAUGAUCUCCGAUAAUCUCACCCAGCACUUUCACGUUAAAAGGAUUGGAGAAAAUAGUAAGUGUUGUAACACCUCACAAAGGAGCAGCAGUGGGCUGGACCAGUGGUAGGUUGCUACCGGUUUACCCCAGAUUGGGGUAAGCAGUGGUGGCAGGAGGCUCCGCCUACCCACCUAGAUGUCUCUGCGCAUGCGCAGAAGCACACGCGCACCCACAAGCGAACCGAUAGCGAACGAAAUUGAAACCCACUAUUGGGCUGGACCUCUCACUCCUAUCAACACCAAUUGGAAUUGGCCACAAGGAAAGCAACUGAACCAUGGCAAUAGUGCACUGCCCAAUCCCAAAUCCCAUAGCUAGUCCAAAAGGAUUCCAUAAUCAAUUAUAUCAAAAGCUGCCAGGAAAUCAAAGAGAGUAAGGAUGAGUGCACUGCCCUAUCGAUGUUUAAUAACAGCUUCUUGAGGGGGGCAGAUUAUGGUCUCCUUAAAGUAUGUCAGGAAUACCCCCUCUUGCAGUGAUGUGUUAACCACUGCAUGCAUCUACCCAGAAGUCAUCAUCAUGAAGCUUUCAAUAACCAGAAAGGACAAGGGUCUAAUAAGCAAGUGGUUGUGCUGACAGCCCCAAGGACCCUGUCCACUUUCCAAGGACAAUAUAUGCUCCCUGAUAACAGGGUAAGUCCAUUCCCCUGGACCAUGGAGAGUGUUGAGUCAAUGGGCCAGGAGAGGGCACAUAGGCACAAUCCUGUCCAGGGCUUUGGUCAUUCUCUGAUUUCAGAUUGCUACUAGAACCUCCACAGGCACAUGCAGCAGUGUCCCCAGCGUCUCCAUGAUAGAGGGGACCCUAACAGAUCCCCCAGCUGGUCACAUUGCUACUGCUCUAACAAGAAGUUCCUAUCUAGAAUGUGACCACUGUCUCAGGUUGGGCGAUGGAUAACCUAUAGCCAUCAUGGUUAUGCCACUUCCAAGGCCAAACCCAUGGAUGGCAGAUCAAAGUCUCUCAGGAUGCCUUCAGAUGGCAUCCAGCAGUUUAGGCAGGGAAGUUGCUCAGAGUAGGGAAGCUGAUAUAGCAGCAACAAUCCGAAUUGAUCCUGCGAGUAUCAGUCUCAGGAAUAUGGUCUCAGAUCUGGAAACUUGAGGAGGCUAAUCCAUGAAGAUCAAAAGUGAUUCCCAAAUAACAACUGACAUUCCCCUUCCCCCACCCUGUAGCUUUGGUAGGUGGCAAAUUCUAAACCCAGCUGGGCACAUCUCUAAGAGGGCUCUCUGGGAUUAGCCAAGUCUGGAUAGUGCACAUCAGAUCAGUCUGCUCCUCCCUAAUAAGAUGACAAAUAAAGAGUACUUUAUUGUUAAUCAUCUAGGUGUUCAUUUGCAGCAACUGAAGAUCCAGACCUAGGAAAGACUGCUGUCUAGAGGUCUGGGCAUGAACUUACAGGGCUGGAACAUCCACCAGUCUUAAGCGUUGGAGCUCCCUUCCCUUGCAAUUGCCUGCAAGGGAAUUUUGGUUCCUGUUUGGUUCCUGACUAAGCACUCCAUGCCAGUGGUGGGUUUCAAAAUUUUUUACUAACGGUUCUGUGGGUGUGGCUUGGUGGGUGUGGCAUGGCUUGGUGGGCGUGGCAGGGGAAGGAUACUAUAAAAUCUGCAUUCCUUGCCCAAUCCAGGGGAAGAUUACUGCAAAAUCCCCAUUUCCUCCUAAUCAGUUGGGACUCAGGAAUCAGAGAAUAGAUGGGGGUGGGCCCAGUCAGAAUUUUUACUACCUGUUCUCCAAACUACUCAAAAUUUCUGCUACCGGUUCUCCAGAACUGGUCAGAACCUGCUGAAAUCCACCUCCGCUCCAUGCCCAUUAUACUUGAAUGAAAUGCCCAGCUCUAAAACUCCAGGGCAACCCUCUGGCCUCAGACUUUGUAUCCCUCUUCUCUGAGGCAAUGUUCUUCCUUCAGUUAUCCAUUCAACCGUCUUUCAGCCAUCCACUACAAUUCAAUCAUCGGGAGGUGUGAAUGUAAGUUUCUUUAGAUUCUGUAUGUAGCCUCAACGUUUACACCUUCAAGGAUGCUCAUAUUCUGCUGAUGUUGCUGUAUACUUUAUCUUAUUUCCGGGAGGAGAAAAUCUGGAUAAUGUGGAUUUUAUGCUGGCUUCUUUCAAACUGCCUUUUAACGAAAUAUGGCUAAAUAGUCUAGAAAAGCUUGUAACCAUGACAAAAGUUAUUAACCAAUUUUAUCCUGGCAACUUCUCAUUGUGUGUGAACAGAAGACUCAAAGUCCAGCUGAUUGGACUUUAAAGAACCUGCUGUCUCCCAUCCCAUCUAUCUGACCACAGUAAACACUGGAUGGAGAUUUGAACUUACAAUCUAUUUUAGCUAUGCCUUGGUGGUGUCCUUGCUCUGACCUAACCAUGUGUUUUGCCCUUCAGCUCACAAAGAACCAUGGUGGCACAUUAGUUAGAAUGCAGCAUUGCAGGCUAACUCUACCCACAGCCUGCAGUUUGAUCCUGAUGGGACUCAGCCUUUCAUUCUUCCAAGCUGUAAGGUCGAGAUGUCACGCCUUUAAACACAUGCUCCCACGCCCGCUGUAGUCUGUAUUGAAUUAUCGAUCUCUGUGAACAAAAAAGCUCCAUGGUGCUUUUGCAGUGAAGAGGAGCAGUUCUUGUGGACAGAAACGAAACAAAAGUCUCUUCCAGAAUGCCAGGCCCCUUGCCAACAACUCUGAAACCAAGCAGCUCCUUCUCUGCAGAAACCUACAUGAAACACUAUGACACCAAGCUGGCAGGAAUAAACAACACUCCAGAAGAUAGGCUCAAGAUACAGAAGGAAUUUGACAGACGUGAACAUUGGGCGCUAUCUAACAAAAUGAAAUUCAACAGUGAAAAAAAGGCAAAAACUGAUGUGAAGCAGUUUUCUGUGCCUACGAUCCUGACUAGUUCCAUUCCUCAUGAUACACCAGAUACAACUGAAGAGGAACAAUUCCUAGAUUUGACAAGUUCAUCUGGUAUACCAAAUGAAGAUGCUUUUGAUGAUAGCCCUUCUGUUUCAACCUUGUUUGAGGGCAGCGCUCUGGAAGAAGACUCUGAAUUCAUAAUCGUCCAGACCACUCCAAAAGUCCUCAUGACUUCAGUUCAGCAAUCAACUAUCACAGGGGAUUCUAUGGCAAAACCAACCACUCCAAAAGUCCUCAUGACUUCAGUUCAGCAAUCCACUAUCACAGGGGAUUCUAUGGCAAGACCAAUUAACGAUACUUCACAGUGUGUCUGUCCAGCAAUACCUGGCCUGCCUGGUCCAAAGGGAGCAAAAGGUGACCAGGGUCCCCCAGGAGAAAAAGGAGCAACUGGAAAAACUGGGCCAACUGGCAAACCUGGCUAUCCUGGCGUUCCAGGACUUCAGGGAAUACCAGGACCAGUAGGACCAAAGGGACCACAAGGACCAGCAGGUCCACAAGGACCAGCAGGGCCAUCAGGACCAGCAGGGCCACCAUGUCCAACUCUUCCUAAAAUCGUGGACUUCACUGAUACCCAGGAUGGAGAAGACAAGAGAGCCAGUUUUCUAGAAGGGCCUCCUGGUCCACCAGGUCAUCCAGGUCAUCCAGGACCCCAAGGAUACCCAGGACUUGAAGGCCCCCAAGGUCCCCCUGGCCUCCCAGGACAUGAAGGUCAGCAGGGGGCUCCGGGGCUUCCCGGAGCUCCAGGCCAGCCUGGUGCUCCAGGAGCCACAGGACUGUCAGGGAUUCCAGGGCCAAUGGGGUUAGAGGGCCCUCCAGGAGUCCCCGGCCCUGAAGGUCAUGCAGGAAUUCCAGGCCAGAUUGGGCCACCAGGAUUACCAGGCCUCCCUGGACCAGAAGGUCCCCCAGGAACACAUGGAUCUCCGGGAAAGAAUGGCUCAAAGGGGGAGAAAGGAGACCGUGGUGAAUUUGGGCUGCCAGGCAAACCAGGAAAAACUGGAGAAAAGGGAGAUCAGGGUCCACCUGGGCCCGCAGGUCCUUCUUGCUUAUCUGGUGGUAAUCAGUAUAAUUAUGAAGCUGGUGUUCAAGGCUCUCCUGGCCCUAAGGGUGAAAAAGGAGAACCAGGAAAAGUGGAAUGUAGCAGUUGCUGCAAGGAUGCAAGAAGUGACAUUGAUUCUUGGAUGACUUUUAUCUACCAAAAGAAAUUAAGAGACGAUCUAGAGGCACGUGGUCCCAACUACGGACUUCCAGGCCUUCCAGGAAAGCCUGGCCCUCCAGGGCCUCCUGGACCACCCGGUGUACUUUAUCUAAAUAUGAACCAGGAUCCAUAUUUUAAUUCAGAUCUAGAAACACCUCUGAAGGAUUCUCCUGACAAAAGCCAGAAUGGAUACUCUAAGCACUCCACUUGGGCCUUCAGUUCAAAAGAGCUCAUGUUGAAAUCUGCUUCCUCCAUUCCUGAAGGCAGUCUGGUCUUCAUCAUUAAAGAGGGUGAAGCUUUCUUCAAGACCCCCAAAGGAUGGAAAAAAAUUGUGAUGGAGGAUUCCACACUUCUAUUUGCAGCUGAUAACCCUUUGGGGCCUAUGGAAAAUAACCAGUUUGGUGAAAGAAACAUAACAAUUCCGACAAUUGCACCAACAAGCAUCUCCAAGAGGAUUCCUUCACUCCGCCUAAUAGCACUAAAUUUCCCUUUGACUGGUAACAUGAGAGGGAUUAGUGGAGUGGACCUACAAUGCCAUCAUCAGGCCCAAGAGGCAAAUCUGCAAGGAACUUUCCGAGCCUUCCUGUCUGCAGAUACCCAAAGCCUUAUCUCAGUUGUGAAGAGAACAGACAGGAAUUUGCCACUUGUUAACCUUAAGGGUCAGCUAUUGGCAAAGAGCUGGAAUUCCCUCUUCACUAGGCAUGGAACUUCUCAUUUCAAUGUCAAGGAGUACCCCAUCUAUGCAUUCAAUGGGCUGAAUGUCAUGACCGACCCUACAUGGAUCAACAAAGCUGUCUGGCAUGGCUUGGUGGUUCAGAUAAACCACGCCAAACUUCGAGACUGUGAAAACUGGAGAAAAGCAUCCAAAUAUUUCGGAGGACAGGCCUCUAUGCCGCUUAAGGACAUAUUCCUCCUGGAGACCAGCUGGAGAUGCUCAGAUCGCCUGAUAGUUUUGUGUGUGGAAAAUUCUUUUGGUAGCACCUAGAAGGAACACAUUAUUUAGUCUGGUAGGGAACAAAAGAAGGCCUUAGUUACCAUCCUGGUUGGAACAGCUUGAAUGAAAGAGGCCCAUGCAUUAAGGUAUUAGGAUGCAAAGCACAUGUUGGGAAAUGAAGUGUGCAAAGAACCAAGGCCACUCAUUAUCUUACUGCAAGCUGCCAGAACUUCUUCCCUUUUGGUCUCAGGGUAUAGAUAGAGACCAUUUUAAAAUACUACAUUCACAUAUAUUUCUUGGUCAAAAUAUGGUAUUCAUCAGUCACACUCCUAUUUAGGGAAUCUUAAGUGCCUUUAUUUCUAUAAAAUUCCUGAAAAGGGAAUUCUGUGAUAUCUGACAAAGAGAGGUCUGCAAGUUACUACCCAUCUACACUCUUUAAUAUCAUGGAGCUGUUACUUCAAAAACUAAUGAGAUAAAUAGUCUAAAUAUUCACUUCUAAAUAUUCUAAUUAUUCACUUCCCCAAAAACAUAGCAUGCAAACUGUGUUUCUCAACCUCAUCAAUUUUAACGGAUUCCAAUUCCCAGAAUUCCCCAAUUAGCAUUCUGGCUAUGGAAUUUGGGACAUGAAAAUCUACAUAUCUUAAGGUUGCUGAGGUUGAGCAACACCAACCUAAAAUAUUCUUGGUCAAAUCAACAUAUCUGGAAAAGAGCCAAAGAAAGAGGUUUUGUGAUCAUCUCCUCAGAGUAUUAUUUAGUUUCUAACAGUAAAGUUGGAGCUACUCUUAUAUGUAGAUCCCAAAAACAUACAUUAAUGUCAUGCAAAAGUGGUGCCCAUGAUAUUAUUGCCUCAAAUUUUAGAUUCACUAUUAACAUUGAAAGGUGUUAUUAGCACUUUUGACAUGGCAGCCUUUUUUAACUUCUCUUCUGAAUCAAGGCCAUUUGUUUGGUAUGUGUGAGAACUUACUUUUUCAGCAACUACACAUUAGAAACAUAUUCUGAAAGUCCCUGAAUACACAUGAAAGUUUUAGGAAAGAUACACACCAAGCUGGGAAAAAGGUAAUGGAAACAAUAACUUUGCCACUUGUGGAAAGUUAUCUAGAAUCAAUGUUUUCUAUUGUUCACAUGUAACCAAUAUUUUUUUUGCUUUCUGAUAUUCUGAUAUAUACUAAAUAUAUAUAUCGUUUGUUUCUGUACUGUAUUAAUAGAUUUGACUCUUCUUAAUAAAUUUUUGCU